UUUAAUAACCCAAGUGGGGCUACGUGGCUGCGCGUUAGCGGCGAGUUCCGGCGAUUUGUAUGCUUUGCGGCGUUUGCGAUGCUACAGCGUUAGCACGCAGGCUAACAGUGUUAACGACCGGGAUGUGUGUAAUACCUGGAACGCAUCGGAACGCCCUCGAAGCUGCCUGCCGCUAGCUGGCUUUACCCCUGAACGCUAACACCCGGCUAUUUACAGACAAGCCUGCCAUAGCGCCUCCUGUCUUUGUUUUCCAAAAAGAUAAAGCACAGAAGCGAUCUGCGGAGGGCUCAAGUGCAGAGGAUGGAGAAGAUUCAGAUAAAGAUGAGGCAAGCUAUUGCCCCCCAGUGAAAAGGGAAAGGACCUCGUCAUUCCCACCCCCACAUUCUGUUCCCAAGAACAAUGUAUUCAUGCCCUCAAGUUUCUGCCAGUCUCCAACUGGGAACUCUGACUCUGAGCCAGAGGAGAAGCCUGUGGGAUUCCGUUUAAAGCCACCAACUCUCAUACAUGGUCAGGCACCAAGUUCAGGUGUCCCAAGUCAGAAACCCAAGGAGCAGCAACGCAGUGUCCUCCGCCCUGCAGUUCUCCAGGCACCACCCUCUAAAUCACAUUUAGAGUCUAAUUCCAGUUGUGGAACCAAUGGUGUGAAAAAGUCAUCAGAUGGGCCACUCAUGGCCACGUCACUCUUCCUGAACAACACAGAGCACUCGGCCACCCUCGUCAAGUCACUGAAACAUGAAAAUAAGGAAGAUGAAGCAAGUGGCAACAAAGAUGAUAGUGGGAGAGAGAAGGAAGCGGAUGUAGCAAUAUCUUUUGUGUUCGGUCAAAAUAUUAAAGACAGAGCAAAGUUGGAUGAGAACAGUACAGAAGACAAGUCAAAGGACAGUGACUCCCAAUCAGAGGCCACUAAUUAUUUCUUACAGUACAAUUCUACCCCAAGUUCAAAAAAUGCCGCAAAUAGUACAGACAGUGGGGCAAAGUUUGUUUUUGGGCAGAACAUGUCUGAAAGAGUCCUGAGCCCACCUAAGGGCGAGGCUUCAAAUGAGGAAAAUAAAGAGGCUCCGGCUACACCUGUUUCAGAGCCUUCAUCACAGGAACCCACCCCAGAGAAGGUGAACAGUGUGUCAGAGUCUUUGGAAGAGUCUGCAGCAGCAUACACCAAAGCCACAGCCAAGAAGUGCAUCUUAGAGAAAGUUGAUGUCAAAACCGGAGAGGAAUCGGAAAGCAAUGUUUUACAGAUGCAGUGCAAGUUAUAUGUUUUUGAAAAAAAUGCUCAGUCGUGGAUAGAAAGAGGUCGAGGUUUGCUGAGGCUGAACGACAUGGCAUCAACAGACGACGGCUCGCUACAGUCACGUCUAGUGAUGAGGACCCAGGGCAGCCUCCGGUUGAUCCUCAACACUAAACUUUGGCCCCAGAUGCAGGUGGACAAGGCCAGUGAGAAGAGUGUACGAAUCACUGCCAUGGACACAGAGGACCAGGGAGUCAAGGUCUUCCUAAUAUCGGGUAGCUCUAAGGACGUCGGUCAGUUGGCUGCAGCGCUACAUCACCGCAUCUUGGCCCUGAAGAGCAGAGUGGAGCAGGAGCCUGAGACACCACCAACAACCAUCCCUGAGGCCAAGAUACCACAGUCCAACGAAGACGACAGCGACGAGGAAGGCAACGCUUCUGCUUCUGCCUCAACUCCUGCUACAAGUAACUCAGAGGGAGGAGAGAGCCAGGCAGCAGGAAGCACAUAGCGUCACAAAUGGACAGCCUGCUAAAAUGCUGCAGUUAAGGCUUUUUGCUGUGGGCAUCUCCAUGGACACCCCUUGACCAACAUGGGUCCUCCAGACCAGUACUUUUGGAUAUUAGAAGUCUAGCUCCAGGAAAUAACCCCCUGUGCCGGAGUGUCUCACCCAACUUGUGCAGUUCAUCUUCUCUGCAUUCAGCGUAAUAUCUGGAGUCGUUCUUUUUUUCUCCCUCCCUCUCCUGUUUUGUGUUUUUAUUUUUGUUUUUUGAGUAUUUUUUCCCCUCUUCCCCAUAGCAAAGAUGAAGACUUCAAAGCUUUGGUUUGGGACUUUUCUGUUCAUCAUAUUGAUGAGCAUAAGGGUGUUUUCCUCUACAUUUUAAAGUAUGGCACAUGUUAAGACUGCAGUUUGUACUUUGGGACCUUUUUACUCACUCUACAGCCGUAAAUCUGGACACCACACAUCCAGAGGAGCUUCAUACAGCGUAUUUGACUAGUCAUCAGUCAGUUGUUCCUAAAUCAAGUCUCCUCCCCUUCCAACCCUCUCCCUCAUUCCAACAUUUCAACCAGUCUGUGCGUUAGGUUUUGGAAAAUGUAAUUUAUUUUGGGCUGUCAUUUUCAUCAGGCAUCAACAAGUGGGCUGUUUGUAAUCACCAGCCAUGACCUCUCAAGUUGUCAUUAAUAGCAUUUUCUUAUAUUUCCUAUUGACCUAUAUUAUAGUGAUUAAAAGCCUGGAACCAUGCCGUUUCUGCUAAUGUGUGUGAACAAGGAAGACAAAAGGGCAGAAGGAAUCACCUCAAUUUUAUUUUCUUUAAAUUAAUAAAAAGGAGUUAGUCGUUCACCAUCAGGGCUUUUGUUUUUAUAUAUAUUUUGUUUUCAAUCAAAUUAACUCAUCAGUCUACAUUCUGCAUGUAACUGUUUUUUUUUUUUUCUGUUUUCUUUUCAGCGUCCCAAGAGUUAAUUGUGUUGAUACAUUUUUUUUAUUAUUUUGAAAAUAUACAAUAACGUUGAAUGAAGAUACACUUGGAAAUUCUGUUGGAAUGAAGACUUGACUUCAUGUGUGGAAACAUUGAGUGAAACUGUAAUACCCUUUUUGAAUGUCAUGUACAUUUGAAUAUAUCAUCAUUUAGUAGCGCGCCAUGUUUUCUCAUCUCCUCCAGCUGCCCCCCCAACCCCCCCCCCCCCCCCUUUACAAAAUAAACCAUUUUGGACUGACA